AUGGUUGCGGGAGCUCGCAUUCUUCUGGAGACUAACUCCUUCCCUCAAGUGCCCCAGCUUCCAAAGCCUGAGCUUCCACCACUCCCCACUUUCCCAACUUUGCCAAAACCUGAGCUGCCACAGUUGCCAAAGCCUGAGCUGCCCCAGUUGCCGAAGCCUGAGCUGCCACAGUUGCCAAAGCCUGAGCUGCCCCAGUUGCCAAAGCCGGAGCUGCCACAGUUGCCGAAGCCCGAACUGCCGACCUUGCCGAAGCCGGAGCUGCCAACAUUGCCGAAACCUGAAUUGCCUACGGUACCCCAUGUUCCAACUUUGCCAAAGCCAGAAGGUCUCAAGUUGGCAGAAGAGCCCCAUGUCCCUGAGCUUCCAAAGCCUGAAUUGCCACCACUUCCUAAUUUCCCAACUUUGCCAAAGCCUGAGUUGCCAAAGUUGCCAGAAAUUCCAACUCUUCCCCAUCUCCCAGCUGACCUACCUAAGCCCACAUUGCCUUCCAUCCCAACCCUCCCCAAGGACACACCCCUCCCUUCUCUCAUUCCACCCCACAAAACCACCCUUCCUUGA